CGUCCUGUUAUCAGGCCCCGCCCACAGCACGAAACCACGCCCGCCUCGUUCUCAGACCACGCCCUCAGCCUGGGGUUCAGGGGUUUUUCUCCCCCCCCCUCCUCGCGGCCUGCAGCGGCGCAUGCGCGGAGCGACGGGUUUUCCAGGUAUCGCUUCCCCCCCUCCGACCUGUGGCUAAGAACGUGAGGGAAGAUGAACAGACUUGCUGGUGGCGGUAUGGAGCAGUGAGAGUCCCACACACACAGAGUUAAUUGACACCAGCAGUCCAAAGACAAGUGUUCCAUCUUUGGUCCUGCUAUGUCAUAAUGGACUUUAUUGGAGUUAGUUUCUUCAGUGCUUAAAAUGAGGUGUUUUUUGCCAUCUGUGGAAAUUUGCCUGUAAUUCAUUUUCCUUGCUGUAGUAUUGAUAAUUAUACCAAAUUGAAAAGAUAUGAAUGAAUAUCCUAAAAAAAGAAAAAGGAAGACUUUACACCCUUCUCGUUAUUCAGAUUCUUCUGGAAUAAGCAGAAUCACAGAUGGAGUCAGUGGAAUCUUUUCUGAUCAUUGUUACAGUGUCUGCUCUAUGAGACAACCUGACUUAAAAUACUUUGACAACAAAGAUGAUGAUUCUGAUCCUGAGACAUCAAAUGACUUGCCCAAAUUUACAGACGGAACCAAGGCCAGAAACAGGAAUCAGAACUACCUUGUUCCCAGCCCCGUGCUUAGAAUUCUAGACCACACUGUCUUUCCCACAGAAAAGUCUGCUGAUGUGGAAAUCUGUGAUGAAGAAUGUGAUUCGCCCGAGUCUGUGCCUCAGCACACUCAAGAGGAGAGCCCUAUAGAGGUUCACACCUCAGAAGACGUCCCAAUUGCUGUAGAAGUUCAUGCCAUUUCUGAAGAUUAUGAUAUAGAAACAGAGAACAAUUCCUCCGAGAGCCUCCAAGACCAGACUGAUGAAGAACCACCAGCUAAACUCUGUAAAAUACUUGACAAGAACCAAGCUUUGAAUGUGACUGCCCAACAGAAGUGGCCUUUACUGAGAGCCAACAGCAGUGGCCUCUACAAGUGUGAACUUUGUGAAUUCAACAGUAAGUACUUUUCUGACCUAAAGCAGCAUAUGAUCCUGAAACACAAGCGCACUGACUCGAAUGUGUGUCGAGUGUGUAAGGAAAGCUUUUCCACUAAUAUGCUUCUCAUUGAGCACGCCAAACUUCAUGAAGAAGACCCCUACAUCUGUAAGUACUGUGACUAUAAGACCGUGAUCUUUGAGAACCUCAGCCAGCACAUUGCGGACACCCACUUCAGCGACCACCUUUACUGGUGCGAGCAGUGUGACGUGCAGUUCUCCUCCAGCAGUGAGCUCUACCUGCACUUCCAGGAGCACAGCCGCGAUGAACAGUACCUGUGCCAGUUCUGUGAGCACGAGACAGGCGACCCUGAGGACCUGCACAGCCACGUGGUCAAUGAGCACGCUCGAAGACUGAUAGAGCUGAGUGACAAGUGCAGCGGUGGUGGGCACGGGCAGUGCAGCCUUUUAAGCAAGAUCACCUUUGACAAAUGCAAGAACUUCUUCGUGUGUCAAGUAUGUGGAUUUCGUAGCAGACUUCACACAAACGUGAACAGACAUGUUGCUAUCGAGCAUACUAAAAUCUUCCCCCACGUUUGUGAUGACUGUGGGAAGGGCUUUUCCAGCAUGUUAGAAUAUUGCAAGCAUCUAAAUUCACAUUUAUCUGAAAGGAUUUAUUUAUGCCAAUAUUGUGAAUAUUCAACAGGACAAAUUGAGGAUCUUAAAAUUCAUCUUGACUUCAAGCAUUCAGCUGACCUGCCUCAUAAAUGCAGUGACUGCCUGAUGAGGUUUGGGAGUGAGAGGGAAUUAGUCAGUCACCUUCCAAUCCAUGAGACUGCCUGACUUAACUUUACAUACUGUUUAUGUAAAGUAAUUUUUUAAUAUUAAAAUGGGUGAUCUGAAACAUAA